GCUUGCUCGCCUCUUUUCCUCCGCUGCCUCCCAGUUCUAGAUUAGCCAUCGCCAUGGGUUUUGGAGACUUGAAAAGCCCUGCUGGCCUCCAGGUGCUCAAAGACUACUUGGCGGACAAGAGUUACAUCGAGGGGUAUGUGCCAUCACAAGCAGAUGUGGCAGUAUUUGAAGCCAUCUCUGGCCUACCACCUGCCGACUUGUGUCAUGCCCUGCAUUGGCAUAAUCACAUCAAAUCUAAUGAGAAGGAAAAGGCCAGCCUGCCAGGAGUGAAGAAAGCUUUGGGCAAGUAUGGCCCUGCUAAUGCAGAAGACACCACAGAAAGAGGAGCUACAGAUAGUAAAGAUGAUGAUGACAGUGAUCUCUUUGGAUCUGAUGAGGAGGAGGAAAGUGAAGGAGCCAAGAGGCUAAGAGAAGAACGCCUUUCCCAGUGUGAGUCAAAGAAAGCCAAAAAACCAAAACUUGUCGCCAAGUCUUCCAUCUUAUUAGACAUGAAACCUUGGGAUGAUGAGACUGAUAUGGCAAAACUGGAUGAAUGUGUCAGAAGCAUUCAAGCAGAUGGCUUGGUCUGAGGCUCUUCUAAACUAGUUCUGGUUGGGUAUGGCAUUAAAAAACUUCAAAUACAAUAUGUAGUUGAGGAUGACAAAGUUGGAACAGACAUGCUGGAGGAGCAGAUCACCGCUUUUGACGAGUAUGUACAGUCUAUGGACGUGGCUGCAUUCAGCAAGAUCUAAAAUCCAUCAUGGAUCAGUGCCCUUAAAUAAAAGUUUGAAAGACAAAAAACCCUCAAAAAACUGGUUAGAAACAACGCAGCUCAAGAUGGCAGAAGAUUCAACUUCCAGUGGACCUUGAGACUGAUUAUACAUUCAUUAUAAUUCACUAGCAAGCUAAAUGACAUACCCACCAGUGUCAUGACAAUUCUGAAGCCAAUCAUGAAAGGCCAAAAAUGGGCAGUGGCCUAAUUCCUGGAAAUCUCCCACUUAUUAGCCUAUGAAAUUACCCAACCAUAUUUUAGGGCCUCUCACCUUCUGACAGUCCAUACUCUGUCUGUGGAAUAUGCUUCUAAGUCCACUCCUUACCUAUCACUGUCUCUAACUGAAUUCUUUCUGUGACAAGACAUCAAGAACCUAGGCUUUAUUAAGUCCUAAGACCAAGCGUAUGAUCUCAGUUAAAAGAUGUUGGUUCAAGACCCAUCUGAGGUGCACGGUCUCAAAAGCACAAAUUGCUUAAUUAAUAAUGUUUGCUGCUGGAGAGUAGAAUUGGCUGAUAAAAUUCUCAUGGUUUAUUUUAUGGUUUAUUUUCAGUACUGGCUGAAAUUUUACAAUGAAUGUGUAUUUUUAUAGUUAAAAAUUAAAAAUCAGAAACAAAAAAGCUCUCCAGUCAAAGGUGAUCCUCAUUUUGAUUUAUAUUUAUCUGUCACUAUCAGACAGGAAUCAGGUGUGCUCACUUUGAUUCCUACCUAGCCCAGCACAGGCAUUUACCUAAUAGUCGACAAAGCUUGGAGAAGCAAAAAGCAUUGCAGGAAUGGACUCCCAGAGGGCUAUGUAAGGUCAAACAGAAGUAAAGUAAGAGGCUGUGAGGUAAAAUUCAUAUUUUAUAGCAAGACAAGAAAAAUUUAACAGAAAAAUUUCUUCUCUGCCCUCUAGCCUCCUCUCUUCCCCAUUGUGCAUUGUGUAUCUGAAUUAUGCAUUGACCAAACCUCCCCAGUUGGCAGGAAUACCUGCUCAGACAUAAAAAGCAACAUUCUCUUAGAAUCAGCAGGACAACCCCUUAAAGUUAGCAUUUCUGGACUUCCCUGGUUGUCCAGUGGUUAAGACCGGGUUCCCAAUGCAGAGGACAUGGGUUCUAUGCCUGAUCAGGGAAGAUCCUACUUUGCUACAUAGGGAGGCCACACUCCCAAAAGAUAACAGUGCUUUUUGAUCUUAUAAGGUGUAACUUGAUCUACCAUGAUGAAGAGUGUGUGUGUGUGUAUGUGUGUGUGUGUAUGUGUUAGUUGCUCAGUCAUAUCAGAUACUCUGCAACCCAAUGGACUGUAGCUUG